ACCUACCACAUCAAAUCUGAGAAUCUAUUUGUGCAACGAUAUUCCGAGAGAGAAAACCACAUUGAAUUUUGGGUUUCCGAAAAUCAGAGACAGUAAUAUCUUAGCAAUUUUAAAAAGGGAGCCAAAUCAGUAAUCACCUUCGGCUCAUUUGCCAAGGCUGCAUCACUAUCGCACUCGCAUUUUGCAUCAAAACCCAUCCUCUUCCUUCUCUUUCCUCUUAUAGAUUCUCUUCUUCGCUUUAUAUAUAAGUCUCAAUUCAGUGAAUUCACCCCCUUUUUCUUAGCAUUUUUCUUUGUUUCUUAUCCUCUCCUUGAAACCAUGGUGGCUGGUGGCAACUCCAAAUCCGAUAUCUCCUUUGCUGGCACUUUCGCCAGCAGUGCUUUCUCAGCGUGUUUCGCUGAGGUGUGCACUAUUCCCUUGGACACUGCCAAAGUUAGGCUUCAGCUUCAGAAACAAGCUGUAGCGGGUGAUGCAGUGACCUUACCUAAAUACAAGGGUAUGAUGGGAACGGUUGCAACCAUUGCCAGGGAAGAAGGUCUUUCGGCACUUUGGAAGGGGAUCGUGCCAGGGCUUCAUCGUCAGUGUUUGUACGGAGGUUUAAGAAUUGGUUUAUAUGAGCCUGUUAAGAAUUUCUAUGUUGGGCGUGAUCAUGUUGGAGAUGUUCCUUUGUUGCAGAAAAUCCUUGCUGCAUUUACAACUGGUGCUGUGGCAAUUGCAGUUGCAAAUCCAACUGAUCUUGUGAAAGUUAGACUACAAGCAGAAGGAAAAUUGCCUGCUGGUGUGCCGAGGCGCUACACUGGCUCUCUGAAUGCUUAUUCUACAAUUGUGAGACAGGAAGGAGUUGGAGCUCUUUGGACUGGGAUUGGCCCCAAUAUAGCAAGAAAUGCUAUCAUCAACGCUGCUGAACUAGCCAGCUAUGAUCAAGUGAAACAGACUAUUUUGAAAAUUCCGGGAUUCACCGAUAAUGUUGUGACUCAUCUUCUUGCUGGUCUAGGGGCUGGGUUUUUCGCAGUCUGUAUUGGCUCCCCUGUCGACGUGGUUAAGUCAAGAAUGAUGGGAGAUUCUAGUUACAAAAGCACCCUUGAUUGCUUCAUCAAAACGUUAAAGAAUGAUGGACCAGCAGCCUUUUACAAAGGGUUCAUACCGAAUUUCGGACGGCUAGGAUCUUGGAAUGUGAUAAUGUUUCUAACUCUAGAACAGACUAAAAAAUUCGUCAAAAGUUUAGAAUCAGCCUAAGCUCCAGCAGUUGAGUAGAGUAGAAAAUGCAAUGGAAACACUCAAGAAAAUAAAACUCCAAUUCUCUCAAUUUUGCUAGCUGGAGUAUAGCAAAAUAUUUUUUGGAGGGAAAAAAUUGAGAAUAAACAUAUUCAUGUAUACUAGUACUAGUUUUAAAGGUUCUAAUUUUUUCACGAUAUUAUUUCCUUUUGUCAAUUGUAAUUCUCUUGGAAAGUUUAUUUUUAUUUGCGCAUGGCCCUCUUUCGAAUUUGAGAGAGUCAAAGCCUAUAAUGGGUUUCCUUCAUAAAGUGAAACACGAAGCAUCAAGCUUGAUAUUUGCAA